UCGCUCGGUACACAAUGGCAACUUUGCUGACAAUUUGCGCGUUGUUUUUCUCGUCGGAGCUAACUCAACUAAGCGAAUGCUUAACAGAAUCGGCUGUGUUUCGCAUACACGCCAAAAAAUACCUGGCGAAUCAUGUAAUCGAUACGAAACAGGCAGAAAGCGAAUUUGAAUGCGGCCUGCAUUGUGUUAGGAAAGAAUCGUGUGCCUCUGUGAAUUACAAAAUAUCUGGAAUUGGCAAAGGUCGCUGUGAGCUCAACAACGAUGCUAUUCAAGAGACGUCUAACGGCGAUGAGGAAACAAAUCCUGAAUUCAACCACCUUGUUAUUGAAAUUGAAAAGAGAAGAAAAUCGAUUGAAACGCAGUUGCAAGAACCUGUGCAAAGCGAGGAGUAUCGUCGUUUAUCAUCGUGCAAAGAUGUGCUGAAGAAAAAUAGAAAAGCAAUCAAUGGAGUUUACACUCUGAAUUCAAUCGCUACUAAUCAGUCCUAUGACGUGUACUGUCACAUGGCCAACAUUACGGCAUGUGGCGGAGGAGGCUGGACACUAGUCAUGAAGAUGAAUGGGGAAAAUGACACAUUCAUUUACAAUUCUCCUCUUUGGACAAACAAGGAGACACACGCGAUACAAGAUGGUCUGGAAGGACUGACAGAGAAAGAAAGCAAAUUGGCUUCGUACUGGAAAACACCGUUCACUAAGGUUUGCCUGGGCAUGUCGUAUAACGGAAACAGAAAAUGGAUGACCUUCGACUACACCGCCAAUUCGCUGUACAGUGCGAUAGCUGACGGCACAUUUAGGGCAACUACCGCUGGCUGGGCAGCAUGGAAAUCGCUGGUCAGGGACUCGUCACUACAAAGGAACUGCAACAGGGAAGGGUUUAAUGUCAUUUCGAAAAUACGAAUUGGAUUAUUUGCCAAUCAAGAAAAGGAUUGUAACUCGUGCGAUUCACGGAUUGGCUAUGGAAUUUGGAUCAAUAGAAAAACUUGCGGAAAUUAUGCCCACCCAAACUGGGAUCCCGAUAAUGGAGGCAAAGAUUUCGUCACAUUUGGAUAUAUUCUUGUUCAGUAACGAAGCACAUCAAUAUUUGGUUUUAUAGUUUUCACCGCAGCUUAUACAGUUCUAUU